UGUCAGAUUUGCGUGGUCUGGAUUACCGGAUUAGUGCGCACGGUCAUUCUCCUAGUGAACCUUUAAAUGCAAUCGCUUUGUAUAGAUACCGGAAAGUGAUUUAAUUAUUCACGUGCUGUUGUUUAGGUAGAACACGGCGCUCUCUGUAGCGAAGGAAUUAAACCUUUCCUUACAGGAAUCAGAAAAUUCAGGAGUGUGAAUAUUAUGUAACUACCCACUGUCUACGCAGCUGAUUGUUACCCGGUGCAAUAUUCAUCUAAUUCAAUUUCAAUUCUGUUGUGGUUUUUAAUAAACAAUAUGGAAUUACUGAAAUCAAAGAAAAAGGCGAACAAGGUUUCCAAACUGUUGAAGCCCGGGGGUGUGUCGGACAACCAUUCAGUGACAUCGGAUAAACUGAUUCAUCACGACGGACUGCGAAUAGAAAACACGUAUCAACUCCAACCAGACGAAGGAAAGAAAUUCAAAAGUUACAUUGUGGAAGAAGAAAUGAGGCGAAUUCUGAGGCGGACUCUUGAGCCUCUAAAUUAUAAAGACUCCACGGGCAGUUCAUUAACAACAGAGCUGGCCAACGACAUCAAAAAAGCCAUUCAGGGUCUUGGCUGGCCCCGCUAUAAGUACGUAGUGCAGGUGGUUCUGGGACAGAACCGAAAUCAGGCGGUACAGGUCGGGAGUCGGUGUCUAUGGGAUCAGCAAUCGGACAAUUUUGCCUGUGCCUCGUACAGCAGUAAAACUAUAUUUGCUGUAGCGGCGUGUUUUGGGGUGUACUAUGAAUGAUGAUAGUGGAACUUAACAGACUAUCUAGUGUUAUGUGUGGGGGUGUAGAAAGGAACUGAUCAUUUUGUUAGUGUUAGUGAACGACAAAACAUUAUUUGAUAGAACUUUGGAUAUGGCAUCGAACAUGACAAAUACGAUCAAACUUUCGCUAUCAAACAUGGCAUCAAAUACGAAAUGUCGACCCUAAACUUUUUGUGUCUGAGUAUUGCUGCCCAGUGUUUGAGACAUUUUUGAAUUAAAAUAUCGUAAGUCCAGUUUUAUUAGCCCUGCCAAAAUCUGAAAAAUAACCAGGUGUCAAAAUUUUAAAAUCGUUAUGGAGUUUGUGUCACUAAACGAAUUUGAAUUGUUUUAUGUGGAACGGCAGAGGAAUUUUCACCUGUGAGGUAUAUCUACUGAUUGAUCCGCGUUUCUAAUAACACCUAGAUACGCCGUGUACAUUGUUUUCUGCAAAAAACAUAUCAAUCGUUAUCUCGUCCAUUAUUGGAACCGCAUUUAAACUUCCCUAUCAUUUUGAGAGUCCUGGGAAGGAGAUCGCAGUUUUGAAUUGUAACCUUGUUCUUGGGGCAUUGUGUUUAAAAUAAUAAAGAAGGAGAAAAUACGAAAA